UAGUCCGCGGUUUUAUCUCACACAAUACGACGCAUUAUUGCUUUCUCUUGUUUCUACUUUUUCCCGUUUCAUUGAAAUCUCUGAUUAGGGUUAUCGUUGUCUUGGUAACAAAAGUGACAAUGUCAGCCUCCAAGAAAAUCACGCUGAAAUCGUCAGACGGCGAGACGUUCGACGUGGAGGAAGCGGUGGCGGUGGAAUCUCAAACUAUCAAACACAUCAUCGACGAUGACUGCGCCGACAGCGUCAUCCCUAUACCUAAUGUCACCGGCAAGAUUCUUUCCAAGGUUAUCGAGUAUUGCAAGAAACACGUCGCCGACGCUGCUUUCAAGGACAAUGAUAAUAAGGACUCUGAUGAUGCUCUCAAAUCUUGGGAUGCCGAUUUUGUCAGAGUUGACCAAAAUACCCUCUUUGAUCUCAUUCUGGCUGCCAACUAUCUAAAUGUGAAGGGGUUGCUAGAUUUGACAUGUCAAACAGUGGCUGAUAUGAUCAAAGGGAAGACACCAGAGGAGAUUCGCAAGACAUUCAAUAUUAAGAAUGAUUUCACCCCUGAAGAGGAAGAGGAGGUUCGUAGGGAGAACCAAUGGGCAUUUGAGUAAUAUGCUUUUCAUCAAAUGUCUAUAUGAUGGUUGAUGAUAAUAGUUGUUCAUAUAAGAAGAUUGUAGGAUUUUAUGCUUUUUUUCUUUUGUUCUGAAACACUCAUUUGGUGAAGGUAUUUCCUGUUGCUCUCUUUGUUCUUUUAUGCCUAUACGAGACGAUAGAAAUCUUCAUAUUUAGAUAGGAUUGCUGGUUUUUGCCCUCAAACUAAAUUUAAUUGAGAGGAUUAUUUCAAAUUGCAA